GUGCAGACGAGAGGACUGUGUUCGGUCGACCCGAUCCGGUAGCUUUACGUUCGCGUAAUUUUUGACGUGCGUUCCAGAAAAUUGAAUUUUUUCUCGUCGAGCUCGGAAUUUUUUUUACGUCACUUUUCACUCCGGCAGAAAAUUUAAAAAGAUUUCCCUGUGGGUACAUAGGUGUCCAAGAAUCUUCACCCGCGAAAAAUAGGUUCGAUUUCACGGAUGAUAAAAACGUAACUAAGAAAGUGUGAUUUUUUUUUUUUUUUUUUGAAAACGCGAAAAAAAGAAUUAGACAAAUUGGAGUACAGGGGUGGAUGAAAAAUUUAGAGUGAUGUGUGUCAACAGUGGCACUCUUUUAUAUAAAAUCGAGCCAGUGCAAUUCGAUUGAAAGUGAUGGUGAUCAGUGAUUUUCUUAAUAAGUGUGCAUUUGGAUUAUAAUGAUACCAGGAUAACUAGUUACAAGGAGGAUAAAUCAAAAAUACGAAAGAGACCAUUUUGGAAAAAUCGAAAAGGAAGAGGCGUGGCAGCUGGGGCUUCACCUUGGCUGAGGCAGGACAUGCGGCUACGAUGAGGCGCCGCCACGAUGCGCCACGAGGCCCAACGCGACUCCGGCGGGGCGCCACCCCCUGGGCCCCAGCACCCCCCACAUGGGCCCCAGCAACCCCCACAUGGGCCCCAGCACCCCCCACACGCAGCCCCCCAAGGCACGGCCGAUCCAGGCAUACCCAGGAUACGUAGAGCCGCCCCGCGAGGGGCUUUGAGAAGACUGAGCGAAACUGUGAUAUCAUGUUCGGGCCGAGGGAGCCUAGUGGUGGUGCUGUGGGUGCUAGCGCUGGUGGUCGCGGCUUCGAUGCCCGCUCCCGCGGGCGCCAUGUCCUCGGACCAGGCCGAAACGGACACUGUCACCUCGAUCUGCGACGAACCGGGGUGUGCCUGCACUGCCGGACGCAUCACCUGCUUCUGCCAGCAACCCAACCAGAGAGUGGUGGUGUCCUCACUGAUUCCGCCGACGACGAGCAUCAUUCAACUGGAGAACUGCGCCGUCGUCGAGAUGGAACGCAACGCCCUCCGACACGUCCGUGCCCUCGUUCAAAUCCACAUAAGCAACGUGGCCGAACUCCGGCUCAACGAGGGCUCUUUCAGCUGGGAGGAGAGCUUCAUCCAGGAGGUCUACACUUAUCCCGGUCUCCACAUCAACCUCACCGCCUCCACCAUCCCCACGCUCCCCACCUAUGUCUUCAGAGGUAGGAUAGAUUCAAUCCUAUUCGACCACGCCCAAAUCCAGCGGAUCGAAUCCUACGCCUUCACCAACAUCGUGGGCACGGAGAAGAUCGAGUUCAAGCACUGCACCUUCGGGCGCGUCGACACGCAAGCCUUCAAGAAGCUCUUCCUGGACAAGCUCACCUUCACCGGGGGCGCCUUCACGGAGGCGGUGCCGAGCAAGGCCGUGCUCGACCUGGAGAUCCGCUCCGAGUUCAAGAUCGACGGCGCCGCCUUCACCAAGCUCCACAGCUCCGCCUUCAAGAUCGCCCGGACCAAGACCUUCUACCUCAAGAACUGCCGCGUCAACGACACCUACGGCGAGGCCUUCCACAUCAAGACCACCGGCCCGGUCUUCGUCCUCAACAACGACUUCGCCUUCCUUCGGACGGGCGCCUUCAACGGCCUCCGCGUGGACGACGCCGUCUUGGCUCGCUACGAGGCCCAGGAGUUCAUCUUCGAGAACAACACCAUCGGCCACUACGAGUUGGACGCCCUCGCCUUCAACACCUCCAGCUUCGAGCCGCACCUCGACCGGGUCAAGGUGGAUCUCCCCUGCUCCUGCGCCGACACCGAGCGGAUGGUGUCCGACCUGAUCGCGUACUCCCCCGACUACCCGCACAGCCGGACGAAGCCCGGCGCCAAGGCCGAGGAGUUCCUCUGGUGCCAGAACGUCAAGGACCACCUGCGCUACAAGAUGGUGAAGGAGUUCCGGCAGAAGACCAACUGCUUGAUCAUCUCGACGGGGGUGCCGGGGUACUUGGUGACGCUCGGGUUGGUCGUCGUCCCGUUGGCUGCCCUUGUGCUCUUGUACUUCCUCUGGUGGCGGAGGCGGCGACACAAGUGGCUCGGGGUCCCGACAGAGUCCCCGAUGAAGACGCUCAAGAACGGGAAGCAUGAUAGUAUGAUCGUCAUGCCCGAGGGGAAGACCUAUAGGGAGACCGAGCUCCAUGUCAUCAUCGAGAAGGCCGAGCCUAUCGUCGAGUUCGUCCCGGAGGCCAGGCGCAAUGGUGGACAACCGCCCUUGACCAGUGAUUUGUAGACGAGUGAGCUUCGAGGCUCGAUGAAUCCCAUCGAGUAAACGGCAUGGCGCUUUCUUAAGCGGAUUUUCGCGUUAAGGCGAAAGCCGCGCUCAUAAGACGUAUGGAUCGUAUUCGACACGUCAAACAGGUGUGAUUGUGACGAUAUUGAUUGGUUCAACAUGUGAACAUAGCCUCAGAAGUCAGUUUAGUAAUCUGGGGGAACGGGUUUCUUGUGAUAGGUUUCCGAUUCUCAUGAGUAUAAAAUGGUAUUGAAAACUGAAAUUGUUAGGAAUUUUCUAAUUUUCAGCUUUUCCUACUUGAAUCCUAAAGUUUUUGUUUGGAGUUAUGUUCUAUUGUUUUGGACCAAACGAUGCGUCGAACCCCUAUCGAGUACGGUCUAUAAUCUGUCGGGGGCUGGGGACGACACCUAUUCGUUUCGACGGGAACUCUCGACAGUCCCUGAAAAAUCUAUCAAGAAGGUCUAUUGGAGAAUUUGCACGGAGAGAGUUGUGCUGUUUCAUUCGAAAAUUAUUGAUGAAAUGAGUUCAUGAUAUUUAAAAUUAUCCUCCCCCCUCCCAAUAAGUUUGAAAUUGAAGGAAAAUAUAUUUGAAAGAGAGAAAAUUAACCGCCCUGUGACAUCACAGAGCGGUAUUGCCUACCCAGCUACAUGAUUUUUUGCGGAAUAGAUCUUGUCCGUAUCAGAUCCUCAAGGAAUUACUCCAUUUCAUAACUAAAGGUAUCAUUGUGAUCAACUCAUUCAGUUGUUUCUAUGCAUAAAUGAAAUUCAUAGAAUAGAUACCUGCAAAUUUUCUGUUAACAAAUAGGGAGAGGAAGGUUGACGUUGACCAUUUUCAAUUUUGACUCCAAAAUGAAACCUUUUCCUUAGAUACCUCACACGAUAGGUGUGCUGUGAAUGCGACAAAUUACUGACGAAAAUUGAAAAAUUUGAUUGUCAAAGACUUGAACUUUGUGUAAUUAGUACUUCAGUUGAUUUUCAGCAAUAAGUGAUUUUUUCCGAUUAAGUGCGUACGGCAUGUGCCAAAUCCUUUAUUAAUUUUAGUAUUUGGUUUUAGUACACACAUACGUUUGUGGUACGAGUUUUUUUAGAUGUAUGAAUAAGAAGGUAAAAUUAACAUCAAUUGAAAAACGGCAAUCGCGUCCGUUAAAUUAUGAAUGUUUCUUGUCAUUAUUUGGGCAGUGGAUCUAGCCCAGCCUUCUGAGACAAUUUCAAGCAUCUCUUAUUUUUCCUAAUAAAAGACAAACUGAUUCCAAAGAAUAAAUUCAAAGGGUAUUCCCGUCAUACACAUUAGAAUUUCAGAGUAAGUUUCCUUUUUCAGCAUAAUUUGAUAUAUAAAGAUGGGCUGAUAAUUUUUUAUAAGGAUUAUAUUUCUUUGACCUAUUCACUUCAUUUUGUCAAAAAUUACAUAUCAAAAGGACACAUUCAUUCAGUACCAUUUUGUGUAAAAAUUUGCAUUUAGUUGCACAAAUAGUCUACUUACGCACAAUUUAAAGGGCAAAAACACUUUUCAUGGAGAAGUGUCUUCAAGAUAUUGCCUGCAUUGCAUUUAAUUAAGACCUGGUCUAAAGCCGCAAAACAUUCCCUUAGUAUUAUUUCACUUUGAGUUUUAAAUGAUAAAUGUCUUGAAACUUACAAUUGAACACUCAUUAAAGACACAUUUUGAAGCAAGUUUUCACUCUCAAUGCUAAAAAAGCAAUGGAAACAAAGUUUCUUUGAAGCUGUAAACCAGCAAAUAUGAAAUUUGAGGAAAUGCUUCAUUUUUCAAACAUAUCAAAACCGUCUCAGAGUAAAUAGCGAUCUCAGUAAAGUACUAUGUAGUUACUUGUAGAUAGCUUCAGUGUCUAUAAAAAUAUUGUGUAUAUAUCAUUGUGUGUACAAAAAAAUAAUGUUAGUGAAAUAGUCAUUUAGUUUCACCAAAGGUUCUUAGCUUUAAUGUUCAAUGUUGACUGUGCCCAUAUUUUUAAGCUUCAAUAAUUUCAAAGACUUUACCUUAGGCCUAAUGAUUAUGUUGAACAUAUGAGACACACAUAAUUGUUUCCUUACGUUCCACAAGGUACGCUGUUUUCCUAAAUCAAUAUGGAUUUCUGGAUUGCAGAUUUGUAGUCAUGUGGAGUCAACCAUCACCUCAUUUAUUUAUUCAUUUAUUUCGUUUAUUUGAUUUUUUCCCCCAAUUUUUUUAUUUCAAUACUUUGAUAAAUUCAAACAGUCUUUUGAUGUCUUUGCACCUUUUAGUUUUAAGAGUAGGUUAAAAUUACCUAGUCAAUACAGUCACUUUCCACGUCCAUAAACUUGUUCUUUUAAAUUGUGCGAUCCUUUUGUACGUGAAACGUUUUGUACUGUGCUUUCCAAGAACGUAAAAUACUUAUCACCUAGCUGAUAAGUCACGUUUUCCCCCCUUUUCUGAUCGUACAAAGCAUUGGAAAAAAAAUUCUACCCUGUUUCUAAAUCCAUUUAUAGGAGCAGCAAACUACGCUUUUAAAAGCAUAAUUUUUAAGAUGUACAUGUUAUGCAGCUCCUUUUUUUUACAUUUCACGAAUGUAUCUUUCAUAUUUAUGAUAAUCAGAUCUAUUGUGAAAUUUUUAUUGGCCAUAUAAAAAAUUAUUUAGUAAAAUCAGAAAUAAAAUAAUUUUGGCCCACA